AUGACUAACUGGGUUUCUAAUUCGCGUGACGUUCUCACGGCCCUUGGUGCAGUAGAAGUUGCUGAAAAGAACUUAGACACGGCGGUAGACGUCGCCAACGAGAAGGUUCUUGGCAUGUGGUGGUCGACGAACUCGGAUGUCUUCUCAUACAAGCUGUUCCUGGAACGUAACAUGGACAUUCUCUCUGGAACGAGACGCCCAACUAAGCGGGAGCUACUGCGAACGAUGAUGAGCGUCUACGACCCACUUGGGCUCAUCGCAAACUAUUUGAUGUUUUUGAAGAUGCUCUUGCAAGAAGUUUGGCGGUCUGGAGUAAGCUGGGACGAGUGUAUUGCGGAACGUGAAUGGGAGAAGUGGAAGAUCUGGUUGCAGUUUCUACCGAAGCUUGAAAAUUUGCGGAUUCCUCGCUGCUACCGCCAGAAGACGUCGGUACAUUCCUCCGUUCAACUCCAAAUAUUCGUGGACGCAAGCGAGAACGGUUACGCUGCUGUGUGUUAUUUCCGGUUUGAAGAGGAUGAUCAAAUCGAAUGCUCAUUGAUCGGAGCCAAAAGUCGUGUCGCACCGCUCAAGUUUGUAUCCAUACCCCGCUUAGAACUGCAGGCAGGGGUCAUCGGCGCCCGAUUGGCAAAAGCCGUAGAACAAGGCCACUCGUACAACAUCACCAAGCGAUUCUUCUGGACUGACGCUCGUGACGUCUUAUGCUGGCUGAAUUCCGACCAUCGACGAUAUAGCCAGUUCGUCGCUUUCCGUGUAAGUGAGCUGUUGGAGACCACGGAUGUUGCUGAAUGGCGAUGGGUGCCUACGAAAUUGAACGUUGCCGACAAAGCCACGAAGUGA